AUGGGGUCUGAGACCACCGCCUUGUGCGUGGCCACGAUGUCCUCUCCACCGGUGGUGCGGUCCCUGUUGGACGCCAAGGCGGACACACAGGUGGGUCAUCCGAUGAGCUGGGCGGUGCAGUAUUUGAACCUCGAGAUUUUGUCGCUGCUACCGGAAGAGCUUCACCGGGAGAAGAGCGGUAGCGGUGAUUCUCCGAUCAAUUUGGCCGUCCAGGCACAGUGCACUAGCACUGUGGAUGUCUUGCUGCAGAUGGGUGCUGACCCGACCGCCUUGGCCACCACCAGCCGGUGUUCGGUGCAAUUCUCGAGGCCUCGCAGAAAGCGCAAAUCGCAGGUCAGCUCCAACGUGAGCAACGCGGAGUCCUGCCAGACUCGACGGUCCUUGAACGAAAAGCGCCGCAGCAUGUGGCACGAUGAGAAGAUCGCAAGGUCACUGGAAGCAGCAUCGGAGGCCUCCAACAUGCCACAGGCGCGCUGGUGGCGGCGCGCCAACCGCACCUCGCGAUCCACCACGGGAUCGACGGAGGAAGACAGCACUUCAUUGAGAUCUUGGGCUGACAGAAAUGGCACUGGCGGUGUACGUUUCGACUUGAACCUCAAGAAGGCGGAGGAGGAUAGCAUCGCCACCUCCCCGACGAACUCCGCGUGGUCCUUCUACUCGGAUGCGAAGGGCGAGUUUGAGAUUAUUCAGGUGACCCUCGCAAGCCCUUUGGAGAUUGCAUGCUACGCGGGGAAUUUGGAGAUGGUGCAAUUGCUCUUCCAUGCUGGGGCGGAUCCGGAGGAUGGCAGCGAUGGCUACAGUGCUGUGGACGUGGCGGAGGCCUGUGGGCACCAUCACAUCAUGCGUUUCCUCUCCAUGGCAAUGCCUUUGAGUUACGUGACCCUUUGA